AGCAUCCUGCACAGCCGGUAGUAAGCGCGGGCCAGCCGGGCUCCCUUCCCCGGGCACUGCCGGGGAGCCUGGCGGGCCGGGACAGACGGCGGGCCCAAUGCCAAGGCGCUGGGCCCGCGGGGCUGGAGGUGCCGACUUCCACCCAGGCCUAGCACCAUCGGCCCAUUCAUCGUGGGCGCCGGAAAGAGAGGCCAGGAGAUGGACAACAUGUCUCCCAGGCUGAGAGCCUUCCUCUCUGAACCCAUUGGGGAGAAGGAUGUGGCCUGGGUGGAUGGCAUCAGCCGUGAGCUCGCCAUCAAUUUGGUCACUAAAGGUUUCAACAAGGCCUAUGUCCUGUUGGGACAGUUUCUUCUGAUGCACAAGAAUGAAGCAGAGUUCCAGAGGUGGAUCAUCUGCUGCUGUGGAGCUACGGAGUGUGAGGCCCGCCAGAGCUCCACCUGCCUGAAGGAAUGGUGUGCCUGUUUCCUGUAGCUACCCCUGGCCCCGCGGCUCUACCCCAGAUAAAGGAUACC